AUGAUCCUUGAACAAGUGGGUUGUGGCUCUCAAGAAUUGUGGAACCCCAUUGAUCCACGGUGGCCCAAUACACCUGCUGGGCAGGAUAUGGCUAUUGAUUACUAUCGUGAUCGUAUUCGACCUCUUGAAUACGCCAUCAUUGCAUUGAUCCCAUGCUUUUUUGUUGCCCUUGCAUUUCUUGCAUGGAGAUUACGAAAGGAGUUUGCUUGGGACAACUAUCGUACCUUUUCAGCUGAUCUUCGAGUACGCAGCGCAUUGAUCACAAGCAGCGUGUUGUUGACAUUACUCAAGCUCGACUUUUACUUUGUCUUUUCUUUUGCUGCACAAUUGAUCCCAUCGCAAAAGCUGCAAUAUGACGAGACCGUUACUGAGACUGUGCUUGUAUUUGUUUUAGGAGCAUUGGGUUUGACACUUGCAAUCCUUGCCGUGUACCGUGAAAACAAGUACAUGAUGGGAGGUUUCAUCAUUGCUGGUGCUGGUGCUGUUGCGUACCUGAUUUAUCGACUCGUUCGCAUUUGCGUGCCACGUGAGCCUGGCUCCGAUGAUCCCUACGAAUUCACACGCCGAUUUUUGAUCUUCACUGUGGUGGUUGCCAUGGCACUCAUUUUGCUCACCAUGUCGGUUGCCGUCAAGAGCUUUUUGAAUCUACGACAAGGCAUCUAUGUAUUUGCCAAAAAGUCCUCUGCUGAUCGUAGAAAGAAAGGAACAUCAUUACGCAGCAUGUCCAUUAUUGACCAAGGAUCCGAUGAGUUUGACUCGUCGGAAGCGCCGGUUAUGCUGCAUCAUCAUCGUCAUGAAGACAAGAUUGCAUUGGAUGACAUGGAUGAAGAACAACAACCAACACAACAUGGCCGGAAUGAUAAAUCUCGCCAACAUCAGGAUAUGUGGUCUAUCGAGUAA